CCAAGUCCAGAAAACCUAUUUUAGGGGAGGAAAGCAGCAGCUAUUAAAUAUUAAUGGUGUAAAUAAAUUAAACUUGUAUUUACUUGCAUGAUAUUUUUCUUUGCUUUCACAGAGCAGUGGUGUGUUUGUGUUUUCUGUUGUGAACAGGAAGCUCUGUUGAAAUGUAAUCAGGCAGUGAGCUGAACCUCUAUGUGUCUGUGCCUGCCGGGGUCCUGCCUCCGGAGCCCGUGCGGGGAUGUCUCGGAGACCCCGCGCUGACUGCUGCUCAAACAUCACGUUGACAUGGAUGAUGAAGAUGGCCGGUGCUUGUUAGAUGUAAUUUGUGAUCCUCAGGCUUUGAAUGAUUUUUUACAUGGAUCUGAAAAGAUUGACAGUGAUGAUCUCCUGGACAACACAGGAGAUGCAACCAGUGCCUUCUUUGAGGGUACUGGGCUGCAUGUACAAGAAUCCUCUGGCAACCAUCUGAACACUGAACAGAAUCAGAACACAACAAGCGUUGACCUAGACUUUUUAGAAGAUGACAUCCUGGGGUCACCAUCUGGUGGUGGGGCGAAUCUUCAGAACUCAGACCAGCCCUGUGACAUUCUCCAGCAGAGCCUGCAAGAGGCUAACAUUACAGAACAGACUCUGGAGGCAGAGGCAGAACUGGACCUGGGGUCUUUCCAGCUCCCUACACUUCAGCCAGUGGUUCAGACUGCCUCUGAUGGCACGCCGCAGAUUUUCUCCAGUGGGGCUGACCUCAUUGGGUUGCAGCAGCCUGCAGUCCUGACACAUCAAGCGCUGGUGCAGCAGUCAGUGGGAGCAGACGUCGUUAAUAAGGCCAUCAGUGUUCAGCCUUUUCUUCAGCAGGUUGGCUUGGGGAAUGUUACCAUACAGCCAAUUUCCAACCUUCAGGGCUUGCCUAACGGAAGCCCAAGUGGGACAUUGGGAAUUGGGCCGAUUCAAGUAGUUGGGCAACAGGUGAUGGCUAUUAACCAGUCAGCUCAGCAGAUCAUUGCAAAACAAGUUCAGCCCUCCCAAGUGACCACCAUGCCCGUUGGCAGUUACAUCACCCAGACAGCACCUGAACAACAGCAGGUCACCCUCGCUUCUACGGGGGUGUCUCCACAGAACGCUGGCCUUGUCAUCCAGAAAAACCUGCCCUCCGUGGCCACUACCACGCUGAACGGAAACUCCAUGUUUGGGAACGUAUCUGCCACCCCAGGCUCCCAACCUCUCACAGUCACGUCGAACUUAAGCAGCCCAUUGGUGCAGGCCCAGAACGUGAUUAUCCACCGAACACCCACGCCAAUUCAGCCCAAACCUGCAGGGGUCCUGCAACAGAAGCUGUACCAGAUCACCCCCAAGCCAUUUGGUCCCAAUAAUACCACCCUGACCAUCCAGAACGAGGCUGCCCUGCAACAGCAGAAGGCCCAACAGAACCUGACUUUUAUGGCGGGCAAACCAGGACAGAAUGUGGUGCUGUCUGGAUUCCCGCAAGGGCUGCCUGCCAACAUGUUCAAACAACCUCCACCUCAGCAGCAAGCCCUCAGCAAACCCAUGAGCGUCCACUUGCUAAACCAAGGCAGCAGUAUUGUCAUCCCCGCGCAGCACGUUCCUCAGGCCAUGUUACAGGGUCAGAACCAGUUCCUUCUUCCUGGGCAGUUAGCAGGUGCCUCUGCUGUUCAGAUACCCCAGCAGCUCUCAGCCUUGCAGGCGAACAUGGGAGGACAGAUCCUAACAACUUCACACCCCAGUGGCCAAGCCCACAUCAUAACUAGCCAAGGGCCUGGUGGACAGCUGAUAACCAAUCAGGCCUUGCCUGCCCAAAUCCUCACCAAUCAGAACAUAGCUAGCCAGCUGAAUCUGGGGCAGGUGCUUACAUCGCAGAAUGCGCAUGGCACUGCUCACAUUCUUUCUGCACCUAUUCAGCUGCAGCCUGGUCAGGUGGGUCAGCCAACUUUGUUCCAGAUGCCUGUCUCUCUAGCUGGCAGCUUGACCACUCAGAGUCAGCCCUCCGUUGCAGCCUCAUUGGCCAGUGGGGCCAUCAGUCAGACUGGGCAGACCGUUAUCCAAGGUGUAACUCUGCCUAAUCAAGUUGCUAUGUUAAAUUCCACUGAGAACCUCAACCAAGCUGUGAGCAUUCAGGCAUCUGCCACCACCAGCAGUCAGAGUCCAGGCCUCAUUCAGCCACAGCCCGCUUCUGGCACCAGCCUGCUGCCAAGCAGUGACCAGUCCUCUAUACUGACCGUCCAGGCUGCAUCCCAGCCUCCAGCGCCACCUCCGCUUCAGUUGAAUGUGCAGCAGCAGCCUUCUCAACAGCCAUCACAGCUACCCGUGACUUCCCAGCCCAGCCCGAACUUGGCAUCCAGUCCAGAGAAGAUCAUCUUGGGCCAGACAGCUGCCGGAACGGUCCUAAACCAAGAUUCCAUGCAGAUGUUUCUGCAACAGAAGGAUCGGAGCCAGCAGCAGCAGCAAUUUUAUCCGGCAUCCCUGAAAAUGCAGCAGGAGAACAAUCUGAAUCAGUCCACAGUACCACCACACCUUCCAAUGCCUCUGCCCAUCUACAGCAUAGCCACAACAGCUCUCAGCACCACAAGCAGUGUCCCAGCAUCAGUGAUAGUGAGCAGCAGUGCAGGCACAGCUCUGCAACCGCCUGCCAGCCGAGAGCUGACCCAGAAUCAGAGUCUGGCAACGGUGGAGUCCAAAGGACCGAAUCUUAUACCUCAGUUCUCAGCCAGCCAUUCCCAACAGGCACUGGCUUGCCAGUUACCCACAGGGCAACAGAAGCUCCCUGGAGCCUCCCCAUCCCAUUCGCUACCUCAUCCUCCAAUGGGGGAGAGUCCCCAGCUCCAGCCCGCACACCUCUCACAGAUGCAGUCCCCCCACCAGUCCCGUCCUCCGUCACAGCCACAGCCACUUUCCCGACCACCCUCCCGGCCUCACUCCAGGCCUCCCUCCCAGCCACAAACUUUGUCCAGGCCUCCUUCUGAACCCCUCUCCCGGUCCUGCACCCCUCAAACGCAAAUGCAGAACUUGUACGUGAUACAGAAUCAAAUCACAUCAUCCCCCCACGGUCCCACCCAGCACCCCUUACGGCCCCCGUCGCAGCCUCAGGUACAGUUCCAGCCACCCCAGUCUCAGGCCGAAGGGCAACCUCAGCUGGCAACACCUCCACAUCUGCAGCUACAAGUUCAGCUUGCCACUCAGAUCCCGCCCCAGUCUGAGACCCAGGUGCCGGCACGGCUGCAAUCCCAGAUCCAGGCUCCAGCCGAGUCUCAGCAUACUCAUUCCCCACAUUUCCAGUUCCCUUCCCAGGGCCAAAUCAAGCCGCCAGUCCCAACUCAGACCCUUCACCUAACACCGGAACAACAGAGGAGUUUUCAGAUGGUCCCAAAUCAAUUCCAGACACUCUCUGCAAUUCCAAAUCCCGCUCCUCAGCAGAAGCAGCUAUUGGACAGGUUCCAGCAGGUGCCCCAGGGGAUUAUCCUGCAAACGAAACACCAGACUUCCACCAGCCAGGUGUCAUCAGCUUUGAGCCACUUCAGCAGCCAGCCUUCAUCUGUCCUGGUUAGCAGCCAAGGACAGCCAGUAGCGGUGACAACAACGCAAGCACCAGUCCACAGCCACCCAUCUGUCCCCGCUGCAGUCCAGCCUUCUACUGCAGGUAUAGCUGCUCCAGUUCCUGCAGAGAGUAAAACAUUUUCCAGUGGCGCCACAUCUGUUUCUGGGGGGAAAGUGACUACAGUGCCAGGGAAACCAGGAACACCUCUUGCCGUACAGCAGCCAGUUCAGGCCAAGCCUGGAGUGAUUAGCUCUAUCUCUGGCCUGAAUCUUGGAAAAGGCCCCUUGCAGAUCCAGGUAGUUGGGAAAGGAUUAUCACAACUCAUGCCCUCAGUCCCAGUCCCAUCCCAGCAGCAGUACGAUAGUAAGCUUGGAAGUCUGAAAAAAACUCCUACACUACAGCCCAGCAAAGAAGCUUGUUUCUUGGAACAGUUACAUAAACAUCAGGGAGCAGUGUUGCACCCUGACUAUAAAACUUCAUUCCGAUCGUUUGAAGAUGCCUUACAAAGGCUUCUACCCUAUCAUGUCUACCAGGGGAUGCUUCCCUCUACCCACGACUAUAGAAAGGUAGAUGAAGAGUUUGAAACAGUGUCCACCCAACUGCUGAAACGCACACAAGCUAUGUUGAACAAAUAUCGUCUGCUGCUCUUAGAGGAGUCUCGGAGAGUCAGCCCUUCUGCAGAGAUGGUGAUGAUCGAUCGAAUGUUUAUUCAGGAAGAAAAGACCAUGUUGGCUCUUGAUAAACAGCUGGCAAAGGAGAAACCAGAUGAGUAUGUUUCAUCAUCUUCUCGCUCACAGAGCCUCACUUCCUCUCUGGCUCUAGCCUCUGUAUCCAGCAUCACCCCAGCUUCUGAGAACCUAAAGGUGCCUCCAGUGCAGACAGCCACCCAGAUCCACCCCACCAAAUUGGUUAUCAAGCACAGCGGAGGCUCCCCUUCUGUCACAUGGGCAAAAGCUUCGCCUUCUUUGGAUGGAGAUGAGGAUGCCCUACCCUCAAGGAGCAAGCCCCCAAUCAAAACUUAUGAGGCACGGAGCCGGAUUGGGCUUAAGCUGAAGAUCAAGCAGGAGGCUGGUCUCAGCAAGGUGGUGCACAACACUGCCUUGGACCCAGUUCACCAGCCGCCUCCGGUGUGCACAGUCAUCAAAACAGCUGACCAGCACUCUUCAGCUGCCCCCACCGCCACCACCACUGCUGGGCAAAUGAACGGGACUAUUGACCAUGUAACCUCAGCGCCUGUGGAGAAAAAACCCAUUGUGACCUACUGCAGGCUUCCACUUCGUAAGACUUACAGAGAGAACGUGGAUGCUUUUAUAGCAGAUAAAGCCACUGAUGCCUGUCCGAAGGGAGGCAUCCCAAAGGUCGAUACCAUCCCCAGCACCCUUGUGAUCAAGCAGGAGGACGGCUCCAAAGGCGUGAUCACCUCUCUCAAAACCCAUGAAACCCCAACUGUGGUGGUGGCAGAGAAGAGCAAGCCGGAGGAGAGCUCCAAGCUCCUGUUUUUCAACAGAAGCGAUGCCCGUUCUCUGGUGAUGCAAGACAGCCCUGCCCCUCCGAAGACCGAUGACUCUACCAGUGGCCUUAUGAAGGAACUUGCAGAAGUAGAGGAUGAGUUUUAUCACGGAAUGAUAAAAACGGAGCCCCCUGACCACAGCUCUGGCUCGGAGCUCACCUGGGAGGUUCCCUUGCCUCCAGCUAAGCGCAGGAAGUCGGAGUCCUUUGAUGUGGAUAAUGCCAGCUUCUCCAGCGACAGCCCCCAGGAUGACUCCCUUAAUGAGCACCUACAGAGUGCCAUUGACAGCAUUCUCAACCUGCAGCAACCUCAGACUGGGGGUCAGAAUAUCCGGACACCCUCCUCCUCUUACAACUCCUCUUCCUCCCCUUUCUCUUCACCUGUCCAUCGUACAGACACUUACCUUGCCCCUAAUCACAAUGGCGGCCUUGGAGCAAGGACGUUGAACAGAUAACAGAAAACCAAACUGAGCAGAAACUGAACAGAAAGCAAGGACCGAAGAAGACGCUCUUGCUGGUUGAAACGGUCGAGCACCAUGGGUGUCAAUGGUGCCGCCUACCCAGAGACCCGAUGGCUCGGGCCUGGCACCAGCAGGAGUGGGGGAAGAGGGUGUCCUAAUGAUGCUUCAUCCAAGUGUUUAUAUGAUGGGUUUUGGAUGUUGUAAAGUACAAGCUGAGACUGGAUUUACAAUACACUCGUCUCAUCAAACACACCCUAUAAUGGCAAGUGAGAAGCAACCAGGCGGGUGGGAGGGGAUUGAUGGGGCCCAUAGGUAGUGCUGGCUGUGUAAUUUAGAUUCUGUAACAAAUUGCUAAUUUGAAUAUCUGAUUGAUCCGUUUCCUCUCCCCCCGCCCCAUCUUAAACUUUGAACAGAUUGAAAGUCAAGCCAGUGUGAGGCAAAAGGGGACUCUGCAGGAAUUGCCACAGGGGCAAAAUUUAUUGUUCAUUUUUAAGUUAUUUCAAGAAUCAAGCAUGGGCUUGUGGAACCUCUCAUUGGUCAACAAAGGGCAAAAAAAUAGUCAAGAAAGGAAAUGCAAACACUAAUCAUUAAAAAGAAAGAAAGUUUACAACUAAAUCUAUACGUUUUACUCCUACAACUUGAAGAGAAGCAGCUCCCUUGGGAGUAGCUGUGGGUAGGACUAGCAGGAGCAGCACAGGGGAGAUGGGGGAAGAGAGGAAUAUCAUGCAAUCAUUUACUCUGAGGGGGGUGGUUACAUAGCUUUUUGUUGUACUCCAUGGCAACCUGAUAUUUUGGUAGCAACCGGGCAAAGUGUAUUCAAGCUGUGUUAGGAGCGAAGCUGGUCUGGCAUUUCCCUGCAGCAUUCCAAGGCAGGGGGUGUGCUGAUAAGAGAACAGGCUGGGGCCAAGGCAUCGUGUUGCAAUGUUCUGCUUGGAGCUAGGCAAAGGCAGAAAGCAAAAAUGCCAAAUGAAUGUUUACAUGUUUUACAUUUCUGCUUUGCAUCAUUCGUUGUUGUUUAAAUGUUUUCUUAUACUCUUCUUCCAUUAUCUCAGUUACCUUCAUCUUAUUGCUUUCCCAUAGGGGUCCCCUGUUUCCUUAUUAAAGCCAUAAAAGGUGGGGGGGGGCAUUUUUAUAGCAUGUACUCUUGAGACACUGUGUCAUGACCAUCAGCCUCCUGACUAAGGAGGACUGGAUGGGGCUCCCUUAGAGACCUAUCAAUGCCUCUCCCUAAUCAGUUAGAAGAGGAGACUGUUGAAUGACACAAGGUACUCCUUCCUCUCCACUUCAGCAGCACUGCUAGCCCAGGCAGUCUGGGAUGUGAGAGUAUUCGACUGAGUGACAAACCCAAAUCAUCCUCUUCAUAGCAGUGCUGGACACUUUUACUAUGCCACCAGGCCCACUUGUCCCCCAUCAGUUCCUGAUUUUCCUUUUCCUUUAGUUCUUCCCAUUCUGGCUGUCUCCCCACAUCCUGCAGGCACUGGAACUUAGAGGCAUACAGGGAGGUUUAGAAGCCCUAUUAAAUGUAUAUGAGCAGGUGGAUGCUGUGAUAGAUCAGAUACCUGGCCUUUUGCUGACAAACUUCCAGUGGCUUUGUCAAGAUUUGAGUUCUAACACCUGCCUUGUGCUAAGGAUUCCAACCACCGUCUCUUUAGAAUUCACACGUAUACCUCUCUAAUCCUAGAUUUAUCAGUUAAAUGCUGCCUACUGAAAUUAACAUCAGGCAUCUUAUAACAUUGAUUUCAAUGCAUGAGGCUCUGUCAUUCCAGUUCAGUCUUCCUGUUCUCUGAUGCGAGCUUAUUGCCAUACUCAUGGUCAGUCUCACACUAGGCCGACACAUGGAUAAUGGUUGAGAACACUGUGAUACAGAAAAUGCCAGGAAAUGUGAGCUGGGCUAGAUCACAUUUAUUUCACUACAAAUAACAGACAUAAACCCUUCCAAAAAUGUACAUUGACUAAUGCCAGAAACCCUGAGGAGGAUCUAUUUAUUCCCACUCAUGCCUUAGUAUUUCUUUACCCAAAUGUGUGGUGACAGCGGAAAUACAUGGUUUCUUUUCACUGUUCCCCCACAUGGGUAUGUAUGUAACCAUAACUUAAUUGUAUGUAUGUAUGUAGACGCUGUAACCUGUAUGUGUGGCAUUCAUCCCAUUAGAGCUUUUUCACUGAUUUUACCUCCAUUUUUUAUUGGUGGUAGUAGGAGUUAGGGCUUUGCAUCAGUGCCAUCAAGUAUUUGUGAUGUGCCAUUAGUCCUGAUUCCUUCAACAGCUUAUUGAUGUCAUUCAUUACCACACGAUAGGAGUGGUAUGUACCAUACAAACGGAUUGCAGUAUCAGCACACCACCUGCUUGGAGUCUCUUGUGUUGGCAGGCCCCUGCUGCUUUAGAUGGGAUCCCCCAGUUCAAACCAGGAUGGGAGAAUUGGAUUUGUGAGGGAAUGCAUCUCCUCUUGCUGGCCUGGAGUGGACGUGUGUAAAGGGAUGUCACUCUGCAAAAGAACAUCUCCUUUUCUAUCAAUAGGCAAGACAGAGAGAUAAUGAUCAAAGGUAGAAGCCUGGUUAAAGUAAUUUGCACUCCACCUCCAGUGCUCUUAGUUGCCCAAAGUGGGGGUUAAGAAGUGGUGAAAUAUCAGGAGGGUAACAAUAAAUUAACAGGAAGUUAAAAUAAAUGCACAAUAAAAAUCAACUAGGUGAGAAUAUCAGGCUCCCCUAAAAUACAUUGCUCACAACUGGGUUGAUAACACUUAAAACUGCAGAGUGUUGUAUUACAGCCACUGAGGGAUUCCCCAUCCCAAAUGAAAGUGUGAGCCUGUUUUCUAGCAGCUUUUAGUAUUUUUGAUCCUUCACAGUAUUUCUUUCUUCAGUUUCUUCUAUGCACUGAGUUCUAUAAAUUAAUGGGUUUCAAUCCUCCUAAUAUUUAUCUCACCGAUUGUAUUUUUUUAAAACAGAUCCUCCUUUUUGCCUUCAGUACUGAAAUUCCCUUUAGAGAACAUCUUUAGAGCAGGGCAUUCAGAGAAAAACAGGUGGCAGCUACUACGUUGUCUGGCAGGCUUACUAAAAAAUUGUAACUAUGGAGGUAGCACAGAAGUGGCACUUCUCUGUGUCCCUUGCUCUUAUAUAUACACACACCUCCCACCAUAUGGCUUGACAGAUAACCUGCAAAACCCAGAGCAGUUCAUGAGAUAAUGUAGAAUUUCCUGUGUUGUGUGCAUAUAUAAGAGAGAGAGAGAGCUCACAGAGUGAAAAAUCAAACUUCAAAGAUUGUGACCUUAACACAGAUGUACACUAUUCUGAUAUCAGUCUCUCUCCUGUUACCAGACCUAUGGAAUUUGCAAAAGUGUCCCUGAGGGAGGGUGGGAAAGGAGGGCAAACAUAUCUUUGUGAGCCUGGAGCCAAGUACCUGCCUGUUGGCAUUAGCAUCCUUUUGGAUGACGAAGUAGAGAGUUGGUGAACAGAAAAGGGAGAAAAUGGUCCGUGUUAUCAGUUAGAGGCGUUUGAAUUUGGAAGUUUUUCUGCCUUCCCCCCCUCCCCCCUUAAAUUGAUUUACAGUUUUACCAUCCCCAGCCCACACGCCUAGCCUAACGAAUGUCCUGAAUUGCAGCUGCUAUCAGACUCCUGUGGAAGGAAGCCUGUUAGCAUUGUAUGCUGAUUAACCGUAAGGGGCCACCACCUCCUUUAUUCCAUGGAAGUUUAGUGUUUUCUUUUCACAGCAAUCCCCACAACAACAUCUGAAUCUUAAAAGACACAACCACCACCACUAGUCCCUCCACGUUUUAGUCUCUCAUAUAUUGUCGGCUGGGAUUCAGUAUAGCCCAAUGAAUUCCUUCCAAAUUGUGGUCCCAUUGACUUCACUGGAAGAAGGACUGGCCUCCUAGAAAGUUUGCUGACUCUGGCGGAAUUAGAACUGUGAGUCUGCCAGUGCGCAUGUGUCUCUAGUAGUGGUGUUGGGGAGAUAUUUUAUGAGCAUAAAGGCUGCUUCCACAAAUGGGGGGAGGGAGAUUAAGAUUAUAGUGGGCCCAGAUUCCCCCAAAUCUUUAGGCUCGCACCUAUGUAACAUUCCUCCACCAGCCAUCAAUGUACGGAGCUUGUGCCACAUGAGUGAGAGCAACUCAGCACCCAGUCAGUGCCUGUCCUGGAUCAUGGUAUAAUAUGUAACCUGAGGAGCCAAGUGAGGGAGUAUCCCAGUUUGCGGUUGCUUGGAUUCCUUGCUGCAAACAAUCCUGACACACUCCUGGGUAGGCUGGCCACCCUGUGCUUUAUUUACAGUGGACUAUACAAGUGUUUGGUCCCCACCACAUAUGCUUUUCUCCAAGUCUUUAUCUACUACCAAGGCACAGGACAGGAGGGAGAGAGAGAUCUCACCACUCUGAAAUCCUGCGCUCCUUUUCCCUUCCUCCCAGCCUUCCGUCCUGUCUCUCUCUGAACCAUCGUCGACAGACCGCUGAAUCCCCUUGUUGAUUGGUUAAUCACCUGGUACCUGAGCCGUUCGAUUUAUGCAGGGACAGUACCAAGUGCAGAGUGGUGAGUCAGCCUCGGGAUACUCUCACUCUAUCCCAGGAGACCCCUGCGCUGUGUGCGCUAGCACGAGUCACCUGUUGUGAAUCUCAUUGAUGUGCUGCAUCAGUGGGUUCCUUCAGGCUGCAAGUUCUGGAUGUGUAGCCCUGUCUAUUCUGGCAUUACAAGGUUAAUCAGGUUUUUAACAUGGCAGGGCAGCCAGGGCGCAUGGGCCCAUGUUUUGUUAAACCUGAAUGGUUAAGGAAAAAAGAUAAUGUUUUAAAAGUGUCUGUUGUAGGUUCCUGACGGGGCUGAAGCAGAUUUACUGUUUGACACCGUCAGCAUUGGCCAAACACCUUGUUAAACCCCUUUUUGGCCGCUAUUAAAAUUGGUUGCAGUGUGACUCUUACAGCUGCCAGAAAUUCCCCUAACCUUUCUUCUGUUGUCUCUCUUUUUAUUAUCCUUAUUUUUAAAAAGUAGGUCUAAAUCCUUUUUCACACUCGCAAUACCCUCUUACAUAUUUUAGAGGCUCCAGUUCGUCUCCUGAAUGUAUGCUUUAAGAGACCAAACUGUUUGGCCUCAUUCUGGGAGUUACCUAAUAAGUAGCUGCUUCAUAUACUUCCAAAUCCAUGUUGUUUUUCCUGCUUUCUGCAUGUGAAAAACGAAACACGUGGUCAGGCUGCAGAUUAAACCCAGGCUGCCCCCUUGGCUAAUGUCCCAGUGUUUUACCAACAGAACAAGUUAGGCCCAGCAAGUUGUGCUAGGCUUAGUUGCUUGAGCUCUUGAUAGGAAGCCAGAUGAACUGCUUUCAGCCACUAACUAAACAUCUUUUAUUAUUUUUUCUUUUGCUGCUUCCCUUUCUUUCCAAGAAGGAAUCAUAAAUCUCAUUUCCAGGGCCUGGGAAUUAGCCAUAACUGCAUUCAAAUUCCUACAUAUCCUCAUAUGCUCAUUACAAACAGACUUCAAACUCAGUCUUUGAGGAUAUGUGAAUGUUUGUAAAUCAUCAAGGUAUCUUCCUUCCUGGACCAAUUUUUGGUGGUUAACAUUGUCCUAAAAUCUGCAAACUCCAUUUAAAAUUCAACAGCCUACUCUUGCAUUAUAGCUCGAGAGACUCAACUAGAAAUAUAGGGAGUCAGCAACUUUUCUUUUUCUCCCUCUGGGAUCAGAUUUUCAAGAUGGCUCAGUACUCAACAGCUCAAAUUUAGGCAUAUAAAUAAAAUCACUUAAUUUUCAAAAAUACUCAACCCCCAGCAGGUCCCACGUUCUGGAUGGUGAGGACUUGAAGGUCUGGACCCUAUUACUUUCCUCUCUUCCUCUCCUCCUCAUUUCUGACUAAAAAGAGGCCUUAAAAGUAUUCAUAUGCCCCUCAUUCCUCCACACCAAGAAAUAUAAAAAGGGGAAAGUAAUUAAUUUAGAACUCCAGAGGCAGCUAUUGCAAUUCAGUGGAUGGAAGCAAGUACCGGUAUUUUCCAAGAAUGAGUUUGCUUUAAAAGCAGUGGGGAAGAGGAAUUAUUGUGGCAGGAGGACUGGUGGCUUUAAGCAGUAAGUAAUUGGAUCCCUUAUGUGAACACAAACCUCCUUAAGAAAUGUGUGCAGGUCACUCUUGAGGAGUUUUGAACGUAUCAGAAUCUCCUGUUUUGUUCCUUGUUUUCGAUUCUUAUAGCUAGUGUUAAUUUUGCACAAUCAUUCUUGCCUCUGCCACCUUCCUCCCAACUCAGUACAUGCUCACGCACACAGUGUAAGUCAAAAAUACUCAAGACAUUUUAUAAACCAGCAUAUUUCAGUGUGUGCAUUUAACGCUCAUAGCUGUGAAUGCACUUGACAAAGAGACUAGAAAAGCUUAUGCAAUCAGGUCCUUCCAGCUAUGCAAGUACAGAAUUGACACACCAUGUUCUAGUCCAUUGGGAGAUGAAUAGCUGGGAAUGGAACACAUGCAGGCUUUCUUUUACCACCUGGCCUUAGUGUCACUUGCACACCUUUUAUUAGCUAACUGCUUUUUACCUGUGACAGAAACAUUGAAGUCCAACAUUAGUGUUUGUUACCAUCCUAUUCACUCCAACUCCUUUAUGCACAUAAUUGAAUGUCCCCAUGUCCCCUGAGGUGUUUUCCUUGUUGGAAAACGGCAAUAUAGGAAAAGACAUCACCAUUCUUUACACCCGCAAACAAUAAUAAAACGACUGCUGGAGAAAGUAGAAAGUCUUGGACAGUGACUGCUCACCCAAACUAUUCUUCAACAUCAAUUUCUUCUUUAACCCUUUAUGUGUCUUGUGAAGUAGAGAAAAGUUUGUGUCUUAAGGAAAAUUUGCAGUUUAAUGAAGACAGUUUUUUAGGGGGCAUACUUUAACCAAAAAUGAAAAAUAAAAAAAUUACGGUCUACUUUUUUUCUUUGACCAGAGUGUUUUAACAUUAGACCAUCCACCACUGAUGUAGGUUUUUUGGAUAGUUAUGUAUCAGGUCUGUACCUCUGUGCCCACAAGUUUUUCUAAUACUAUUUUAUUUAAAAAAAACUUAGCGGUGUUGCUUUUCCAUUCACUUCAUGCUGUGUAGCAGUUCACAAAACUGCCUGAUAAAUUUUGCCUUUGUACCAGGUGUAUUUUAAUUCCUCCGUUUGGGAAGCCUUCUCAAUCAAACUUUUUAAGGUUUGUUGCUUGUGAACUGCCUUUGAUACAUUCUGAAGCACUGGUUCUACUUAAGAAGGGAGGUCUCCUGUUUUAUCACAGUAGCCUGGGCUUGUUAGAAGACAAGCAACCGAAGGAGAUCGUUUUUGCUUUUUUUAUUAUUAUUACUGAGAUUUUAUUUUUGCAUUUGAACACUGCUCUGUGGCACAGAGCAGGAAGAUAAAAAGUCCAAGGAGAGAACCCCCUUUUGGAUUGGUUUGCAAACACUAGAGGUCAAAGCGCUCAGUGGCCCCUCUUAACCCUUCAUUAUCUGCGAUGAGAGGAUUGGUUAGGUAGCAAUAAGAAAUGACAAUUCCCAGGCUAAAAUAUUUGGCAUUUUCUUUUUUAUAUAUACAUAUAUAUAUAUAAAAAUGUGUAUUAAAUUUUUGGUUUUUGUUUAGUCUCUUUUUUUUUUUUAAUCUAAAAGAAAGAGUGACUUGGGAUCAUUAGAGCGUUAUUUUCUUCCUUUUUCUGCAAGAUGGAUAACUUUAAAACCAGAGACUCCCCUUUUGAACAAAGGCUGAUCCGCAUUGGCUUUCUCACUGUUACGGGGAAGUAUACUCGAAAAAAAUUUUACAACUUCCCAGUAUUUUGAAAUGAACUUGAAGUGACCAUACCUUUUUCUUUUCGCAGCGGGGAUGGGGUUCUUUUCACCCCUUUUCUGCACAUUUUAAUUUACAGAGUUUUGCAGGGGGACAGCUAACGAGUUUUUACUCUCAGCUGCCCCCUAUCCAUGUCCGCUUGUCUCUGAUGUAGAAUUAACCGGAAGAGGAAAUGCAAAAAAAUAAUCAUGGCAAAAAGUAAAUCUAUCAUCCCUGUCUGUUCAUUUCCUCCCCUUCCCUGACCUACCGAAAUAAAGUAACAGCAACACUUGCAAAAAAGGAGAAGGAAAAUUCCCCACCCCUUAACCACGUAAAACAACCCCCUUUUCUUUCUUGCCCCGCUGGUACCAGUGAACGCUAUCACAGUUCGAAACAAAAUAUAGUACUAUAAAAUAAUUUUGUACUGUAUUUAUUGUGUAUAACAAUUUUUUUAAAGAAUUAUGUACAUUUAGUACUUCUGUGUAAAUUAAAUUGCUCUUCUUUUUAAAUACUGUA